AUGGAUGCUCAGUUAACAGAAAUUGUGGACACUAAGACAAAGCAUAAUAAAGAAAAAUCAGACGUGUUUAAUGGUAAAAAAGAAUUUCAAAUAUUAGAAAAUUCGUUAGAAAUUGGUGAUGAUCAUUCAAAAAUUGAAGAAAGUUGUGAAAAAUUAAUAAAAAAUUCUAAAUAUUUAUUAGAAUUUAAUUAUAGUACAAAUGAAAAAGAGUUUACACAAUUAACAUCAUUAAUAUAUAUAAUACAAUUUGUGUUACGUAUUAUUAAUAAACGUACAUCAUAUUUAGAACUAAAACCAUUAAAAAAAUUUUUACUUGAAGUAGUACCAGAAAUUGCUAAUCUUGAUAUUAUUAAAGAAUUAUUAGAUAAAGAUAAAUUACGUUCAUGUAAAAUAUUUAAACAAUUAUUUGAAAUUAUUAAUAAAAAGGAAAAUUUUUUUAAAUAUUUUGAAUUAUAUCAAAAUACAAUUAUCAUUACUACGACUGAUAAUAUUGCAACAAUAUCUUUUACAUCUAAUGAUGAUGAAGAAAAUUCAAUAUCUAAUAACAAUAACAAUGAAGAAAAUGAGUUAUCUAUAUGUCAAUACUAUGAAAGUAUUUUUGAUGUUAUUAUAACAGUAGCUAAUUAUGCAUUACACUCUAAUGAUAUGUAUGAAUCAAAUGAUCUUCAACAAUUUAAAACAACAUUAAUAAAUUUUAAAAAUUAUUUGACAUUAUAUUUUUCUAAAUAUGAAAAUAAUAAAUUAACGGAAAGUUUUAUAUUCGACUACGAUCAUAAACUUUGCUUAUCAAUUUUACAUAUAAUAUGGAAUCUUGUUGAUAAACCAAUAUUUGUAUCAGCAUUUAUUGAAACGGAUUAUGCAAAAGCCGUAUUAGAUUGGAUACAAUUGCCUUCUAUACUAUUUGAACAUAGACGUCCAUUAGUUAGUAUUGUACAUAAUCUUGUACGUCAGAAACAAGGACAAAAUGCAUUUAAACAAGAAAAUGCUAUUGUGAUAUUAGAUAAAAUACGUUCAACAAUUGAAAAUUAUGAAUAUGAUGACAUGAAUAUAGUUUAUUAUAUGGGAUUAAUAAUGAUUGAUGGACAUGAAUUAAUUGAAACAUUUUUAAAAGAAUCGAAAGAUUCAAUAAAAAAUAUCCUUAAUAGACUUUUCAAUCUGAAUUUAGGAGCAUGUCGUAACCUAAUUAAACAUAAACAACUGAAAAAUGACUCCUAUCAUUUAUCUGAAUUAUUAGUUGUAUUAGAAAAAUUAUUUAUUUCGGAUUUUAUUGUUAAAUAUUUUUUAACAAACACAGAACCUGAAAUAGAUAAAGUAUCAUCACAUCAUUCAUCAACACUAUCAUCACGCUCUUCGUCUCUUUCUUCAUUAACAUCAUCAUCUAUCUCAUCAACAUCAUCAACAUUUUUAUUGAUUGAUAAAAAAGAUUCAAUAAAAGUAUUUUCUGACGCAUUACUAUCAAUCUAUGGUACAAUUACUCAUGGUGAUAGUCGUGGUAAACUGGCAUGUGAAUCAUUAAUGAAAAUCCUGUGGAGUAUAACAUUUUACUCUGAUGAUGAACAAAUAAAACAACAAUUAAAAUCAAACGGUAUUCUUAUAUUUCUUUUACAUUCACUAUCUGAAAUAGAUCAUAAAAUAGCGGAAAUAGCUAAAUGUAUUUUACAUAAUCUUGAUGAAAUAGUACCAUCAACUUUAUCAAAAAAUUCAUCAUUAUAUAAAAUUUCAGAACCAUUUGUUCUAUUUUGCUAUUCCAGUCAAGAUGAACAGUCUGUUAAACAAUUAAUUAAUCCACAAAUAUUUACCGUUUAUCCAUUAGUAAUAGACGAUGAUAAUGAUGAAAUUAAAUCUUGGGAUGAAAUAAAAUUUUUGGUGAUACAUGCCUCGAUUUUUGUCGUUGUAGCAACAAAAUAUUCUUAUUCAUCAAGAUAUUGUCGACAGAUAGCUAAAUAUGUAUUAGAUUUAAAAAAAGAUAAGAUUAUAUUAAAGAAAAAUUAUACAACAGAAGGUUGGUUUGAAUUAUUAACAAGUGCUAAUGCCAAUAUACAUAACAAAUGCAUAAUAUUUAAUUUUACUACAGACGACAAUAAUCAAAAAAUGUUUAAUUAUGAAGAUAGAAUGACAAUGUUAAAUUUGAAUAGUGAAAUUGCAAGUAUAAUUGAAGAAAAUCAGAAAUUUGAGCUGUCAAAUGAAACGAAAAAAAUGAAAAAUCGAACUGAUGUGAAAAAAAAUAUAAGAUUAUCACUCCCUCGUGUAUUUUUAAAGAAGAAAACGAACAUUGCGAACGUUUAA